UCGACCUGCAAUAUACGAUAAUGUUGUUGUAUAUUGGAGUAUUUCUACCCAUUGUUCUCUCCUUCAUAUUCCACCAGAUAAGUAGGAGACACAAGAGAAAUAUACCCUUUGCAGUUUUAAAAUUACCAAUCAUUGGUAUGCUACAUUAUCUUCUCCUAAAUUUGUCCAACAUUCACGAUUACGCAAUCUUUGUUUUGAAACAUUAUGGAGGAACUCUGAUGUUCGAAGGACCUUGGUUCACAAACAUGAACUUUAUUCUCACAGCCGAUCCCACGAACGUGCACCACAUCACCACCAAGAACUUUAGCAACUACGGGAAAGGGUCCAAUUUCAGUGAAAUAUUUGACGUUUUUGGAGGUGGGAUUAUUAAUUCUGAUAAUCUCCAUGCAUGGAAAAAAGAAAGGUCAGUACUUCAUUCACUGUUUCAAAGGCAAAGCCUUAAGAUCUUCCUUCGAAAAGCCAUUCAGAAGAAGCUAGAGAAUGACCUAGUUCCAUUUCUUGAUGAUACAUCCGAGGUUGGAGCUGAGGUAGACUUACAAUUUGCCCUUCGGAGGUUCACAUUCGACAUUGCCUGCUCUUGUUUUCUUGGUUAUGAUCCUCACUCUCUUCCAAACAAGAAUACUAAGCUUUCUCAACCUACUUAUCAGAGAGCUUUAGUUGUGAUCGAGGAGUCAUUAUUUCACAGGCACAUCACACCGAGAUGUUUGUGGAAGUUGCAGGAGUGGCUCCAGAUUGGUCAAGAGAAGAAGUUCAAGGAGGCCAGAGAAAUUUUUGAUAAAUUCUUGUAUGAAUGCGUUGCAGCCAAGCGUGAAGAGAAAAAUAGAUGCAAUAGCACCAAAGAAGUAGAUGAUACUGAUCAUGACUUGCUGGGAGUGCUAAUGGAAGAAGGAGAUCAAAAGGGGAGAAUAAUGGAUGACAAGUAUCUUAGAGACACUGCAUUUACCUUUGUCUCUGCUGGAAGUGGCACAAUCAGUGCAAGUCUCAGUUGGUUCUUUUGGCUGGUUUCAACUCAUCCACAUGUGGAAGCUAAAAUCCUUGAAGAGAUCAAAGAAAAUUGCAUGAACCAAGAUGGAACUUGGAUUGCUUCUGGUGUUGAAGAGUUUGGUAAGUUAGCUUAUCUCCAUGGAGCUAUAUGUGAAGCACUGAGGCUUUUUCCUACUGUGCCCUAUGAUCACAAGUGUGCAAUAAAAUCUGAUAGACUUCCUAGUGGACACCAUGUUAGUCCAAAUACCAUGAUAUUAUACUCUUUGUAUGCAAUGGGAAGAAUGGAAGAAAUAUGGGGACAUGAUUGCAUGGAGUUUAAGCCUGAGAGAUGGAUUUCAGAGAGUGGAGAGAUUAUACAAAUUCCAGCUCACAAGUUCAUAGCUUUCAAUGCAGGCCCUAGAAAUUGUUUGGGUAAAGACAUUACUUUCACUGAAAUGAAGAUGGUUGCAGUUGCUAUACUGUGGAGGUUUCAGAUGAAGGUGGUGGAUGGUCAUCCUAUAACACCAAGAGUCUCUGUGGUGCUUACCAUUGAACAAGGUUUGAAGGUUAAGGUUACUAAGAGAUGCACUUGAUAGAAAGCAUUUCAAUAACAGAUGGCAGAUGAUAUUUAUAUUUUAUGUCUCUUAAAGGUUAUGAGCUAAGUUUCAGUUUCUCCUUUGUUUGUGAUGGUUAAAUAAUGUUGUGGUUAUCUCGGUUUUAAUAAAAGGGAAAAUCUGCCAGUGACUUUAUUCUCUUACACAGUUUAAUUAUUAUAA